AACCCCAGGAUUUUCUCUGCACCCCACCAAGAUCUCUUCCUCUCUCCCACACUAUUUAUUAACACUCCCCCCCUCCUCCUCCCUUUCGAAAAUUAACCCAUACAACAGAAGCUAGCUAAUCCCAAAUUAAACCAAUGGCUUUCUCUCCCAUCUCCUGUUUCCUUAAGGUCACCUUCCUCGUCGCCAGCCUCAUCUCCAUCGUCGGCCAACUCCGGCCGCCGUGGCCCCGGUCGCUGCCCGACGACCUCCUCGCCCUCGACAUCGCCCCCCGAAUCCGCACCGACCCCGCCGCCGCCGCGCUCGCCUCCGCCGACUUCGGCAACCUCACCGCCGGCCGGCCGCCGCCUGCCGCCGUGCUGUAUCCGUCGUCGGCGGGCGACAUUGCCGCGCUGGUCCGAUCCUCGUACGCGUCCCCGCGGCCGUUCCCGAUAUCGGCCCGCGGGCACGGGCACUCGCUGCGAGGCCAGGCGACGGCCCCGGGCGGCGUGGUGGUCGAGAUGGCGGCGCUGGGGAUCGGGCGGUCGGAUCGGAUUAAUGUGUGCGGGGAGCAGCUGUGGGGGGACGUGCUGCGGGCGGCGCUGCGGCACGGGCUGGCGCCGCGCUCCUGGACAGACUACCUGCACCUCACCGUCGGCGGCACGCUCUCCAACGCCGGGAUCAGCGGCCAGGCGUUCCGCCACGGCCCGCAGAUCUCCAACGUGCUUGAAUUGGACGUGAUCACCGGAACGGGCGAGACGAUCACGUGCUCCAGGGACCUGAACCCGGACCUGUUCUACGCCGUGUCAGGCGGGCUGGGCCAGUUCGGGAUCAUAAUCCGGGCCCGAAUUGCACUGGACCCUGCCCCCAGCAUGGUCCGGUGGGCCCGGCUCAUCUACACCGACGCCGCCGCGUUCACCGUGGACCAGGAGCGGCUCAUAUCCCCCAGGCUCGGCGGCGCCGGCGCCUCUCGGCUUCAGCUUGACUACGUGGAGGGCUCGAUCAUCGCCGACCACAGUCUCAUCGGGAGCUGGCGAUCAUCGUCCUUCUUCUCCGAGCCAGAUAUCGUGCGGAUAAGCGCGCUCGCAACUCGCCGUGCCGUCCGUACCGUGUACUGCAUCGAAGCUGCCAUUUACUACGAUGACAUGACCUCAGCUUCGGUCGAUCAGGAACUCAACUCAUUGCUUCAAGAGCUAAGCUUUGAGCCGGGGUUUGUGUUCACACGAGACGUGUCGUACGUGGCGUUCCUUGAAAGAGUCCACGAAGGCGAGCAAAAGCUCCGAUCGGUCGGACUAUGGGAUGUCCCUCAUCCUUGGCUAAACAUCUUCAUUCCCAGGUCUCGAAUACUAGACUUUGAUCGCGGAGUGUUUAAGGGAAUUCUUAAGCACAAUAAGGCCAUGGGCCCCAUUCUAAUUUACCCCAUGAACAAAAGCAGGUGGGACGAUCGGACGUCAGCAGUGGUCCCCGACGAAGAAGUUUUCUACACCAUAGGCUUGUUGAGAUCAGCAGUAAAUGAUGAUUUGGAAUUUUUGGAGGCCGAAAAUGCUGAAAUACUCCGAUUUUGUAAUGAGGCUGGUAUUGAACUUAAGAAGUACCUACCUCAUUACACAACUCAAAGUGAUUGGAUGAAACACUUCGGUCCAAAAUGGGGUAAGUUCGUGGAGAUGAAGAUGAAGUAUGACCCAAAAGCGCUCCUAUCUCCAGGGCAAAGGAUAUUUACCCCAUUGAUAGAGGGUUAUUCCACAGAGUGACUCAAAGAGAUUUACAUCUCAUUUUAGGUCGAAUACUUUGAUGUACAUCUUGUAAAAUGCUAGCCAUAGUUUGUAGAAAUUAAACUAUUCCACUUUUCGAGUCUUUGUUUGUCAAUCAAUGAUCUGCAUAUAAUUUUCUACAGCAUGAUUAAAUACAUUUAGGGUGUGCUUGGUUUAAUA